UCACCAGGUCAGGCCACACCCAUUUACCAGGCAAUGCAAUCAUGAUCACCAGUACCAUCACAGUUGUUCUUUCCAGCACAGUGUUUUUUGGAAUGAUGACAAAACCCCUGAUAGGGAUUCUGCUACCCCAACCAAAAUACACAAUGAGCAUGCUGUCUUCGGAACCCUCAUCCCCAAAAUCCUUCACAGUCCCACUCCUCACCAACGACGACCCAAACAGCCAUUCCCAAUCCCAAUCCCAUUCCCAUUCCCCUCUGGGGCUGUUCCUCCGAAUCCCGGCCCAUACGGUUCACCAUUAUUGGCGGAGAUUCGACGACGCCUUCAUGCGUCCUGUUUUUGGAGGGAGGGGCUUUGUGCCCUUCGUCCCUGGCUCCCCGACCGAAGACCCCAACCAACAAUGGCAAACUGAAGGACCACUUGAAGCCGCCGUUGAUGACAACAAAACCAUUCUUAUACAGACUCGAUGGUAAAAUAGAAGAAGAAACAAAGGUAACAACUUAAUUACUAUUACAACAUUGAUCAUUCUUUCUUUUUUUUUCCUUUUUACUUUUUCAUUUCUUUCCACACUUCUGUGUUUUGGCUUGGGGUUUGAGGGAUUUUGCUUUUUGUGGUUGAAUUCAGGUUGGUUUGAAAGAGAGAUGAUAAAGGAAAAAAAAAAAAAA